ACACUGGGAGACAGUGCUGGAGAAGGAGAUGCGUAUGGAAAUCCUGGCAAUGCUUACCAGAGACUGGGUGAUUUUAAACAAGUCAUAGAGUACCAGAAGAAACGUCUUAGCAAUGCCCAAGAAGUGGGAGACAGGGCUAGAGAAGGCCGUGCUUAUUGUAGUCUUGGCAAUGCUUGCCAGAGUCUGGGUGAUUUUAAACAAGGUAUCAAGUACCACAACCAACAUCUCAGCAUUGCCAAAGAGCUAGGGGACAGGGCUGGAGAAGGAGCUGCUUAUGGCAAUCUUGGCAAUUCUUACCAGAGGCUGGGUGAUUUUAAACAAGCUAUCAAGUACCAUAUGCAACAUCUUAGCAUUGCAAAAGAACUGGGGGACAGAGCUGGAGAAGGACGUGCUUACGGCAAUCUAGGCAUUCCUUACGGGAAUCUGGGUGAUUUUAAACAAGCCAUCAACUACCACAUUCAUCAUCUUAGUAUUGCUAAAGAACUGGGGGACAGGGCUGGAGAAGGAGCUGCCUAUUGCAAUCUUGCCAAUGCUUUUGAUAGUCUGGGUGAUUUUAAACAAGCCAUAGAGUACCAGGAACAACGUCGUAGUAUGGCCAAAGAACUGGGGGACAGGGCUGGAGAAGGAGCUGCUUAUGGCAAUCUUGGCAAUGCUUACCAGAGUCUGGGCGAUUUUACACAAGCUAUGAAGUAUCAUAGCCAACAUCUUAGCAUUACCAAAGAAUUGGGAGACAGGGCUGGGGAAGGAGCUGCUUAUGGAAAUCUCGGCAAUGCUUACCAGAGUCUGGGUGAUUUUGCACAAGCCGUGAAGUACCACAACCAACAUCUUAGCAUUGCCAAAGAACUGGGAGACAGGGCUGGGGAAGGAGCUGCUUAUGGAAAUCUUGGCAAUGCUUACCAGACUCUGGGUGAUUUUAAACAAGCCGUGAAGUACCACAACCAACAUCUUAGCAUUGCCAAAACACUAGGGGACAUGACUGGCGAAGGAACUGCAUGUUAUUCUUUAGGACGUGAUUUUGAAUUGUCAGGUGCUUUGCAGGAAGCCCUUUCUUAUUACCGAUCGAGUGUAAAAUUGUUCAAUGACACGAGGGCUCUUCUGCAAUCCGAAGAUAACUGGAAAAUAUCUUUUCGUAAUGCCCACCAUGAUGCUUACACCGCUCUUUGGAGAACUCUGUCAAGGCAAAAAAAGACUGACGAGGCUUUGUGCGUUGCCGAGCAAGGACGAGCACAAGCACUGGUGGAUCUCAUGAAAUUACAGUAUGACUCUGAAUUAUCAAUGUUUGGGUCACUCCAAGACAAAGUAACCAUUACAGGUGUCUCAAGUGAUAUAUCAACGCAAACAGUGUUUUUAGCACUAGAAAGUACAAAAAUUCAUUUCUGGGUACUCAACAAAGAAAAGAGGGUUCAGUUUAUGCUAAAGGAAAUACGAGGAGAGGAUGCUAUUACUUUUCUGGAGCGUUUAAGGAACAAUGUUCUCAAAGAACACAACAUUGUUGGCAGAGUUACCUGUGAAAUUCAUUCACUGGAUGAGCUAAGGAGCAAAUCUCCUACGAGGAAAUUUGUUCAGGAGACGGUAGAAAGAUUACCCUUCAACAAUAAAUCGUUGCGCCUCUUUCAUGAUUGCGUAAUUGCCCCAAUUGCCCACCUACUUGAAGGCGACGAAUUGAUCAUCGUCCCAGAUGGUCCAUUAUGUUUGGCUCCUUAUGCUGCAUUUUUAGAUGAUAAAUGCAGGUAUCUAAGCCAAUCUUUCAGGAUACGCAUUGUUCCGUCGUUGACGAGUUUAAGACUGAUUUCGAACUCUGCUCAGGACUUCCACCGGAGCAGCGGAGCAUUGCUAGUGGGAGAUCCAUGCGUAGAGGAAAUUACAAACAAGCAGGGUGAGCGCAGUCUACAGCCGCUGCCAUACGCCAGACAAGAAGUAACGAUGAUAGGAGAAAUGCUAGGCGUUGCACCUCUCACUGGAAAGGAAGCAACUAAAGACGAGGUGCUGAGACGAAUCGGUUCUGCUGCUUUAGUACACAUUGCAGCACAUGGUGAUAUUAAAGGUGGGGGAAUUGCUUUGGCUCCUAACCACUCCGGGACAUCUAAGAUCCUUGAAGAGAAACAUUUUAUAUUGAAAGCGUCAGAUGUGCAGGCAGCAAAGCUGCGUGCAAGGUUGGUUGUGCUUAGUUGUUGUCACAGUGCACAAGGCACAGUUACACCUGAAGGUGUGGUUGGUAUUGCGAGGGCUUUUCUGGGUGCUGGUGCGCGAUCGGUUCUCGUGUCACUCUGGGCAAUUGAUGACGAGGCCACUUUGGAGUUUAUGAAAUGUUUCUACCAUCAUCUGGCUCGUGGCUGCAGCGCCAGUGUAGCUCUUAACCGAGGUAUGGAGUACCUGAGAGAGUCUGAGAAGUUCAAUGCAGUUAAGUUCUGGGCUCCGUUUACACUCAUUGACCAUGACGUCACGUUAGAAUUCGGACAAAGUCAGUAA